AUGUCUUGGAGAGACCAAAUAUUAGAGUCAUUAGAUAAAAGAGACCAAAUUGAGAAGCCCAGAAGUGGCGUCUUUGCAAGCUGUGAUGAACUACAAGGAUUGUUACAAGAAAACGAAGAAUUGAAAGUUCAAUUGAAAAGCAACAAAGAAGAAAACAAACUGACGAAAGAACAGUCAAAAUUAAAUAAAACAGAAGUAUUGAAGCUAAGGAAGGAAAAUUCCAGUCUAAACAAAGCUGUGACGAGACUUACUGAUAAAUUGAACAACCAAACAGAAGAAUAUUAUCACAAGAACAAAUCUAUUGAGCUAAUAAACGAUGAAAUUGUUUCAUUAUCUAUACAAAAUAAUCUCUUAACGGACAAACUGGAGAAAUUGGAAAAGGAAAAUGGUGAUUUAGUGCAAAGAUGGAUUGAGAAAGUGAAAUCAGAUGCUGAUAAAAUGAAUGAGACAAAUGCAUUUCUGGAGUCACAUCAAACCAGAUGA